UUUUAUUCACUUUUUAAAGAGUGUAUAAUUAUUUUUAAUUCUCAUUCAGCGACUUGCAGAUAUAGAGGGAAACAUUGACAAACUGAAUGAUGUAUGCAACUCCUAUCAGACCCAGUUACAGUAUGUAGAAGGAAAACAAGUGCUUCGGAGAAAACUUGUGGAGCUUUACAGUAAAACAUUACGUGAAGUCUUGGAUAUCACCACUCAAUGUUCAAAACAACGAUAUUAAUAUAAAUGAGGUUUAUGUCACACCAAAUAUGGUAGUUGAAGAAAAGGCAGACCCAAAGUCAGAAGAAGAGACAAACGCCUUUAUCACCUCGUACACUAGACAUGAAAAGCAAGCAUCAGAUAACAGAAUGGCUGAAUCAGCUAGUUUAAGAAUUAUAAGUCGCUAUCGAGACAUAUUUCAAACGGAUAAUAUGUGGCAUAAGAAGAUCUAUAUUGUUGGUGACGUUGGAACAGGUAAAAGCUCGUUAUGCAAAAUGAUGAUUUACAACUGGUGCAGAUGUUUCACAGAUUGCGAGAAUGAUCCUUCACAUGAUGAAAAUAUCAAUGAAAUAAAAAGUUUUGAUUUUCUUUUCUUCAUACCUCUAGAGAGAAUGUCAGGAUUAUGUAAUGAUAUUACUGAAAUGAUAACAGCAUUUAAUAAACAUCUCACGUCAACUGAACUGAUUAUGAGAAUUUUUGAAGAAGAAUCAGAAAGUUGUCUGAUUAUAGCAGAUGGGCUAGAUGAAUGGAUUCCGUCAAAGGAAGCACCCGUUCCUCAGCAUGUUAGUUAUGGCAUACCAGUUAGUGAUGGAAUAAAACAUGCAACUCUGAUAAAUCUUUGCCGGCCUUCUGCUAAAGGACUACUGAACAUGACAUCGUCAGAGAGUGAUCAGAAGAUAAAUUUACUCGGAAUAAAUGCGACGUCAACAGAAGAAUUUACCAGAAAAUAUAUGUCCAGGCUGAAACAAAAUGAAGACUGUGUUAACGGUUUCAUGGAGAAAAUCAAAUUGGCAAGACUUUAACAUCUCGAAAAAACGCCUAUGCUUCUUCAACAACUCGUAUGGGUUUACUGCACUAGAAAGUACAUUGGAAGGUCAAUUAGCGAUAUCUAUAGUUAUAUUCUUAACAUUAUGUUUGGCUGGUAUGAAAUCAAGCAACGAAAUGACACAACAGAUAUCCACAAUAUUCCAAAAGAAUUUGAAGAAAUGCAGCUACCCAAUCUGUUAGCGAGGUUCCCCAGAUGUGAAGAAAAUAAAAGAUUUAUUUUACUUUUGAGCAAAUUUUCGUAUGAAAUUGUCACUGAAAAUGUGACCUCUUGUAUAUUUGGUCGAAUACGACUCCAGAAAUGCGGGCUAACAAGAGAAGAUACAGACAUGUUAAUCAAAUUUGGGAUUCUAGUUGAAUA